AUGGCUCCCUUCGGCAAGUUCUACACUUACCCCGACAACUACCGGGUCCAGCGGGCGCAAGCCAUCGCGGCUCUGAAUGGCCUCGAGCUCGAGAUCGUGCCCGACUUCCAAAUGAACGUGACCAACCACAGCCCCGAAUUCCUGGCCAAGUUCCCCCUCGGCAAGGUCCCAGCCUUCGAGUCCUCCGACGGCACCCUGUUCCUGACCGAGGCCCAGGCCAUCGCGCGCUACAUCGCCGACAGCGGGCCCAAGGCGGAGCAGCUCCUCGGCGAAGACGCCAAGACGCGCGCGCUGAUCGAGAUGUGGGCGUGUCUGGCGGACCAGGAGCUGGCGCCCAACGCUACGGCGCCGUUUCUGAUGACGGUCGCGAAGAUGUGGGAGUAUGAUGAGAAGCAGUAUGAGACGCACCUGGCGGCGGUGGAGAGGGCGACGAAGCGGAUUGCGACGGAGUUGAAGGAUGGGAGGAAGUUUUUGGUUGGGGGAAAGUUGACGCUGGCGGAUAUUAUGGUUGUGGGCGUGCUGCAGUGGGCGACCAAAUUUUUUGUUGACGAGGCCAUGCGCAAGGAGUUGCCUGGUGUGGAGGAGUAUGUGAGGGGCAUUUUGGAGGUGCCUGAGCUGAAGGCUGCGUUUGGGGGCCUGGAGCUAUGCCAGACCCGCGUUAAGGCUUGA